AUGAGUAUUAAUCUUUAUUCAAACUACAUUAUUGGUAUUAAGACUCUUUGUGGAAUUGAAUAUGAUCCAGACAUACCAAUUGAUAGUUUUGUUUAUUUAAUUGAAGGUGAUUUAUUAUUAAAAUUACAAAAAAACAAAGAAAUAAGUGAAGAAGUAUUUGGAACUUUAAGUGGUCUUAUUUCUAAUCCAGUCAAUGCUUCAUUAAUAACAAAAGAAAUUAUUAAAUAUAUUAUUAAUCAAUUAAAACAUUGUUCUAGUGAUCAUACAGCAUAUUAUAUGAUUGAUAUUCUAUCUAAAAGAAUUGGGUUUUAUUUGGAUAUGGAAUUAGUCAAAGAAUUUAUGCAACUUUACUCAUUACUUCCACUAACACAAUCAUCACAAUUAACACAAUCACUUGUUCAUACUUUAUCAAAGAAAAAUAUUCCAAGAAUUUAUUAUUCAUUUACAGGGUUUGGUACUUCAAUUAAUUGUGUUCUUUCAAUUAAUGAAUGGCCAAAAGAAAGUUCAAUUUAUCAUACAACAUUUAGACCAACUAAAUUUGUUGAAGGAAAUACACCAUUAAUAUUUUCUUUUUCUACUAAUUCAUAUGAAAUAUCACUUUGUAUUAAUACACAAAAUCAUCAUUUAAUAUUAAAAACAGAUUGUUUAAUGUCAUCAGGGUAUGAAAAGAAAAUGAUAAUGAAUAAUAGAAUGAGUAUGACUAGAGUUUAUGAUACUCAAAUUCCUAUUAUGUUAAAUGAAUGGUAUUCAAUUUAUUUAUUACAUAAAAAUGAUGGUUCAUUUCAAAUUCAAUGUAAUGGAUAUAUUUUAUCAAAUUUAACUGUUUCUUAUCCCAAUUUUUUAUCAAGUAAUAUUGUUUUACUUCAAAUUGGUGGUGAUUGUGAUAAACCAGGUUUUUGUUUUGUAGGAGAUAUUACUGGAUUUCAAUGGUAUUAUAAUUAUGAAUCAAUUGAGUCAGUACAAAAAUUUUUAACAAAUAAUAUAAUAUUAAGAAAUGAUAAAAAUACAUUUCUUGCAGUACAAAUAUCACCAUUAAAAUCAAUGAUUAUUGGAGAUAAACCAUUUUAUAAAAUUGUUACAACAGUUAAAAAUCAAUCAAAUAAAACUAAUAUUGUUAAUGUUUGUUCAAGUAAAAUUAAUUCAUCAUUUUCACCUGUUUAUUGUGGAUCAUUAUUUAGAAUUGAUGAUAUAAUUUUAAGAAUUGGUGGUAUUAUUCCAUUUUGUUCAUUACUUCAUUUUGGAUUUAGUUAUGAAAAAUUUAAUACUUCAAAUAUUCCUUCUAUUUUACAAUUACUAUCAGCAAUAUUUAAACGGAAUGAAAUAUUAAGAAAUCAAUGUGAAGAAAUUAAUUUCUAUAAUAUUAUUCUACAAUUUUUGUUAUCAAAUGUUAAUAAAGGAGAUAUUGGAUGUGCAGUUGAUUAUCUUUCUAUUUGUGUUAGAUUAUUUACAUCUUCAUCUGUUUCAAUUAGUAUGAAAAAAAAUAUAGUUAGAUAUAUUUUUGAUAUUGGAUAUUGGAUUGGAAAGAACAAAGGGAAUUAUUUAAAUAUAUAA